AGGAAGUUCAGGGGCACAUCAUGAAGAAACAAAGAACAAGUGUGUAACGGAAGAGGAAAACAAGAACGCAGACAACUAGACCAGCAACCCGGCCAAAGAGAAAAAUGGCCUCAUCCAGCGAGGAGCCCAACAGCUCCGACAUACAGAUUUUAGCAGCACAAAAGAUGGCGACUCCUACAGAGGUCCUCUUGGAGUGUUUGGAUGAUUUAGGAUCUGAGGACUUUGAAUUAUUCAAGUGGUACCUGUAUCAGCAGGGGGUCCUUGAAGGCUUCAAAUCAAUCCCCAAGAGUCGACUGGAGAAAGCAAACAGAAUUAAAACAGUGGAUCUGAUGUUUGAGAGCUACUCUAUAAACACUAUUAAAGUGACCAAAAUUAUUUUAGGGAAGAUGAAUCAGAAUGCUCUACUGGAACGUUUGUCACUCCUCCCAGAACCUAAAGAGGUUCUUGCUGAGGCAGAGGAGAGUGAUAGACAGGGUGAGAUGGAGAAAGAAAACCCAGACUCAGAGGGAAGAGAGGAGCCCCCACUGACAUCUGGCCCAAGUGGACCUCCAGAGACUUAUGUCAAAUGUCGACACAGAUUGAAAACCAAACUGAAGAUAAGGUUUCUGAAAUUGUUAGAAGGACUUCCAAAAGCAGGAAAGAAAAUUCUUCUGAAUGAGAUCUACACAGAGAUCUACAUCAUAGAGGGAGGGACUGCAGAGGUCAGUGAUGAACAUGAAAUCAGACAGAUUGAAACAGCAUCCAGGAAACCAGACAGACCAGAAACAAUAAUCAAACAAGAAGACAUCUUUAAAGCCUCACCUGGAGGAGAGGAACCAAUCAGAACAGUGAUGACAAAGGGAGUGGCUGGCAUUGGGAAAACAGUCUUAACACAGAAGUUCACUCUGGACUGGGCUGAAGACAAAGCCAACCAGGACAUACACUUCACAUUUCCAUUCACUUUCAGAGAGCUGAAUGUGCUGAAAGAGAAAAAGUACAGCUUGGUGGAACUUGUUCAUCACUUCUUUACUGAAACCAAAGAAGCAGGAAUCUGCAGGUUUGAAGAGUUUCAGGUUGUGUUCAUCUUUGACGGUCUGGAUGAGUGUCGACUUCCUCUGGACUUCGACAACACUGAGAUCCUGACUGAUGUUACAGAGUCCACCUCAAUGGAUGUGCUGCUGACAAACCUCAUCAGGGGGAAACUGCUUCCCUCUGCUCGCCUCUGGAUAACCACACGACCUGCAGCAGCCAAUCAGAUCCCUCCUGAGUGUGUCGAUAUAGUGACAGAGGUCAGAGGGUUCACUGACCCACAGAAGGAGGAGUACUUCAGGAAAAGAUUCAGAGAUGAGGAGCAGGCCAGCACCAUCAUCUCCCACAUCAAGACAUCACGAAGCCUCCACAUCAUGUGCCACAUCCCAGUCUUCUGCUGGAUCACUGCUACAGUGCUGCAGUGCACCAUGAAGACCAGUGAGAGUGGAGAGCUGCCUAAGACCCUGACAGAGAUGUACCUCCGCUUCGUGGUGCUUCAAUCCAAAGUCAAAAACAUCAAGUAUGAUGGAGGAGCUAAAAAAGAUUUACACUGGAGUCCAGAGAGCAGGAAGAUGAUUGAGUCUCUGGGAAAACUGGCUUUUGAGCAGCUGCAGAAAGGCAACCUGAUCUUCUAUGAAUCAGACCUGACAGAGUGUGGCAUCGAUAUCAGAGAAGCCUCAGUGUGCUCAGGAGUGUUCACAGAGAUCUUUAAAGAGGAGGACUGUGGGAUGCUUCCGGUGUUCUGCUUUGUCCAUCUGAGCCUUCAGGAGUUUCUGGCUGCUCUUCAUGUCAAUCUGACAUUCAUCAAGUCUGGAGUCAAUGUGCUGGCACGAAACACAAUAAUAUCCUGGUUCACUGAAAUGUUUAGAAGCAAAUCAAAACGUUUCUACCAGAGUGCUGUGAACGAGGCCUUAAAGAGUCCAAAUGGACACCUGGACUUGUUCCUCCGCUUCCUCCUGGGUCUUUCACGGCAGACCAAUCAGCCUCUCCUACAAGGCCUGCUGACACGGACAGGAAGUAGCUCACAGACCAAUCAGGAAACAGUCAAGUACAUCAAGAAGAAGAUCAAUGAGAAUCUGUCUGCAGAGAGAAGCAUCAAUCUGUUCCACUGUCUGAAUGAACUGAAUGAUCGUUCUCUAGUGGAGGAGAUCCAACGGUACCUGAGAUCAGGAAGUCUCUCCACAGAUAACCUGUCUCCUGCUCAGUGGUCAGCUCUGGUUUUCGUCUUACUGUCAUCAGAAAAAGAUCUGGAUGCGUUUGACCUGAAGAAAUACUCUGCUUCAGAGGAGGCUCUUCUGAGGCUGCUGCCAGUGGUCAAAGCCUCCAACAAAGCUCUGCUGACUGACUGUAACCUCUCAGAGAGAAGCUGGGCAGCUCUGUCCCCAGUUCUCAGCUCCCAGUCCUCUAGUCUGAGAGAUCUGGACCUGAGUAACAACAACCUGCAGGAUUCAGGAGUGAAGCAGCUUUCUGCUGGACUGGACAGUCCACACUGUAGACUGGAAACUCUCAGGCUGAUUGACUGUAACCUCUCAGAGAGAAGCUGUGCAGCUCUGUCCUCAGUUCUCAGCUCCCAGUCCUCUAGUCUGAGAGAUCUGGACCUGAGUAACAACAACCUGCAGGAUUCAGGAGUGAAGCAGCUUUCUGCUGGACUGGAGAGUCCACACUGUACACUGAAGACUCUCAGGCUGAGUGUCUGUAACCUCUCAGAGAGAAGCUGUGCAGCUCUGUCCUCAGUUCUCAGCUCCCAGUCCUCUAGUCUGAGAGAUCUGGACCUGAGUAACAACAACCUGCAAGAUUCAGGAGUGAAGCAGCUUUCUGCUGGACUGGAGAGUCCCCACUGUACACUGAAGACUCUCAGGUUGACUGACUGUAACCUCUCAGAGAGAAGCUGUGCAGCUCUGUCCUCAGUUCUCAGCUCCCAGUCCUCUAGUCUGAGAGAUCUGGACCUGAGUAACAACAACCUGCAGGAUUCAGGAGUGAAGCAGCUUUCUGCUGGACUGGAGAGUCCACACUGUACACUGAAGACUCUCAGCCUGUCAGGAUGUCUGAUCACAGAGGAAGGCUGUGCUUCUCUGGCCUCAGCUCUGAGCUCCAACCCCUCCCAUCUGAGAGAGCUGGACCUGAGCUACAAUCAUCCAGGAGACUCAGGAGAGAAGCUUCUGUCUGCUGGACUGGAGGAUCCACACUGGAGACUGGACACUCUCAGCCUGCAGCCUGCGGGAGUCCGAUGGUUGACACCAGGUCUGAGGAAGUAUUUCUGUGAACUCAAACUGGAUCCAAACACAAUGAACAGAAAACUCAAACUGUCUGACAACAACAGGAAGGUGACAUAUGUGGAGGAGCAUCAGUCAUAUCCUGAUCAUCCAGACAGAUUUGAUUACUGGCCUCAGCUGCUGAGUAGAAAUGAUCUGACUGGUCGCUGUUACUGGGAGGUCGAGAGGAGAGGAAGAGUUGAUAUAUCAGUGAGUUACAGAAGAAUCAGCAGGAAAGGAAGCAGUGAAGACUGUUGGUUUGGAAGGAAUGAUCAGUCCUGGAGUCUGUUCUGCUGUGAUGUUCUUGGUUACUCUGUCAGUUACUCUGUCUAUCACAACAAGAGAAACACAUCCAUCUCCUCCUCCUCCUCUGACUCUAACAGAGUAGCAGUGUAUGUGGACUGUCCUGCUGGCACUCUGUCCUUCUACAGAGUCUCCUCUGACACACUGAUCCACCUCCACACCUUCAACACCACAUUCACUGAACCUCUGUAUGCUGGGUUUAUGGUCUGGCCUGGUUCCUCGUUGUCUCUGUGUGGUCUGUAG